GUGUCCCGCUGUCUGUUCCAGCUGUACUCCCUCUACUGUACACUCCUCUCCUCUACUGUUAUCAGACUGUUGAGCCCAGCCUGUGUGGACUGACUGAAGCAAUGAAUGCAGGCAUCUGUGUAUGUGUACUGCUGGCUGCGUUCUCUGGCAGCAGUUUGGGGCGCCCAUCGCACUCGCAGGAUGAGGACAAGCCUGAGCCCCCCCAGCUCGACAGCGUUAUGUCUCCCCAACACACACGCCACACCCGUUCAGCACCCUCCAGUGGCCAGCUCAUCCCCUUCUCCAAACCGGCAGAGGACGAGGCAGAGGACCCCCGCACCAGCCUGCGUGAACUACUGGGAAGAUUGAUAUCCAGGAAAGGAUCAUUGCAGAGGAGCUCGUCUCUGAGCAGCAGAGCCAGUGGUCCGGGUCCCAGCCACAAGAUAAAGGACAGAGACUACCUGGGCUGGAUGGACUUCGGACGCCGCAGUGCAGAGGAGUACGAGGAGUACUCCUCAUAGAAACAGACACCACUAAAUCCAUCUCAAUUAUCAGAAAACUAAAAAAAUCAUUGUCCCCAACAGCUAGAUUUAUUAUGAUGUAUUUGAUGUAAAUGUGUUUGUAAAACUGAUAUGAAGCAAUAUAUAUAUACAGUACGUAAACAGAUUUUUGAAGAAAACAAAAAGGUUUGAUGCUUUUCUUACAUGUACCCUAUACACAGUCCCAUGUCC